AUGAUCGCUGGAAUUAUCGAGCAUCAAAAAUGGAAUGCGGAAUUGUUCAGGAAGCGGGCGAAAUGUGCGGAGAAGGCUGGCGAUUUCAAAAAAGCUGUCAGAAAUCUCAAGCAACUUAUCAAAUUGUCGCCAGAUAGUACAGAUGUGAUGCAUGAAGUUUCGCAAAUUUCAUAUAAAAUUGGGGAUUUUGACGAUUCUUUGAAAAUGAUUCGCGAGUGCUUGAAAUUGAAUCCCGAUCACAAACAAUGCUUCGCAUUUCAUAAAACUAUCAAAAAACUUGUGAAAGGAGUUGGUGAGUAUUUAUAAAAUACGAAAAUUUCCCUAAGAACAAUUAUUUUUCCAGACUCUGUCAAAUCCUCAAUCGAAUCGCAAAACUGGGAAGAUUGCUUGAAAACCGCUGCCAAAACUGUCAAAUCUUUUGAGAGCGCAAAAUCUGCCAUGCAAAUCCUCACUCUGAAGUGUCAUAGAGAAUCUGGAAAUAAUCAACAAGCAAUUCUCGACGCCACCGAACUUCUCACUUCUGAAAAACCUUCGGAAGUUGAGAUUGAAAUUCUCCAUCAUCGCGCAUUGGCUUAUCUCGAAGAAUCUGAAUUCGAUGAUGCGAUUCAAGAUGUGAAGAAGAUGCUAGAAAGUGAUCCAGACAAUCAAGAAUUCAAGGAACUUUUGAGAAAAGCUGAAAGAGCCAAAGCUCAAGCUGGAAAACGAGAUUAUUAUAAGAUUUUGGGUGUGAAAAGAAAUGCGCAGAAGAAAGAGAUUGUGAAGGCGUAUAGACAAUUGGCGCAAAAAUGGCAUCCGGAUAAUUUCAAGAGUGAGGAUGAGAAGAAGAAGGCGGAAAAGAAGUUUAUCGAUAUUGCGGCGGCGAAAGAAGUUUUGACUGAUAAAGGUGGGUUAGUUUGCGAGCUUGGAUAAACUUGAGACAAACUUUUUUGCAGAGAAACGUGAACAAUUCGACAACGGAAUCGAUCCAUUGGACCCUGAGGCUCAAAAUCAACAACAUCAUGGUCAUCAUGGCGGAUUUCCUCACGGUUUCAAUCCAUUUGGUGGAGGUGGCGGUGGAAAUUUCCAUUUUUUCUACAACUAG